GCAGAAGAAAUAGCUAUUGCUAUUUCUCUUGGGCUAGACAAAUUGAAGGGGCCGGCUCCUCUUUUGCUAGGGCGACAGAGAGAGAGAAGAGAACGGCGGCUAGGGGCGACCAACAAACCAGAAACUACGGUGCCAUCUCCCACCUCUCCGGCCUACUCUGCUGUUUGUAGUCCACCUCUCUCUCUAUACUGUACUGCUUUGCAAUGUGGGCCUUGCUUUUCCCAUCCAUUCUCAUGGCUGAUCUGAUCGGUAUCUUGUUGGGGACUCUCUGAAGUCUGUGAAUGAGAAAUCUUUAGGACAUAUGGAUGUGAGUGGAUUCUGAUGUUGAAAAAUUGAUCAAGAAUCAGAAAGCGGUGGCCUUUUGUGCAGCUCGAGCCAAAGCAAUGAACUAACGGAUUUGAGUGGGAUCUGAUUUUGGAAAAUAGUGGCCUCCAGUUGUUGGAGUUGCCAUUUAGCUCUACGAUCAGUUCAAUGGAAGUCUCUCAAUCAUCAACAAAGCGGGGAAAGGCAUUCACGCCAGAUCAAGAUAUAGCAAUUUGCAAUGCUUGGUUGAGCAUCACCCAAGAUCCUAUUGUUGGUAACUCGCAAUCACAAAGUAAGUUUUGGAAUCGGGUAUUCUAAAAUUAUCUUGAUCAUAGCAACGACAAAAAUGGUAGAACACAAGUUUCUAUCCAAUCUCGUUGGGGCAUAAUCAUGAAGUGUUGCAGUAAAUAUAGUGGGUGCCUUAAACAAAUUGAAAAUAGGCAACAAAGUGGAAUCAAUGAAACAGAUAAGGUUCUUCAAACAAAAAGUUUGUAUUAUGAAAAUGAGAAGAAACACUUUUCUUUGGAUCAUUGUUGGGCGAUUUUGGAACAUGCCAUUAAGUGGGAAGAUCGGGGAUCCUCCAAAAAGCCAAAGUCUCCCCCAAUGACCCCAUAUUCCUUUUCCCCAUUUUCCUCUCCGCAUCCCAAAUUCCUGAGACGCCCAUCUCUCUUGAUUCCGAUCAAGAUCGAACCGAAAAAUCUGUUGACUCCCCAACAACCAAAAGGCCUAGUGGAAGGAAAGUUGCAAAAGAAGCACGUAAAAAAAACAAGAUAGCAGAUACUUCAGACAGUCGUUUUUGUGAUUUGAUGGAAAAAUUUAAUGAAACUACAACUGACAGAUAUAUGAAGAAGUGUGAAAUAGAAGAAAGAAAAGUUAAAGUAAUGGAGCAAAUGAAUCAAAGGGAGUAAGAAGAGAAAGAAGCCAAGAUUAUGAUGAUGGACCUUUUCAGCAUGGACCCUCAGGCGAAAGUUUAUUACCAGCUGCUCAAUAAUGAGAUUCUUGCUAAACUAUAAGCACGCUCAACAAACUUUGAUUAUUAUGUUCCUUUUCCCCAUGUCCACCAUGAAGGACAAGUGAAGUUUAGCACUUUCUAGGAAUAUGCUAUGUUGGUUUGUUCCUUAUAUAAAGUUUAGCACUUUCUAGAAAUAUGCUAUUUUGGUUUGUCCCCUGUAUGAAGUUUAGGACUAUUUUGCAAUAUGUUAUUUUGGUUUGUUCCUUGUAUAAAAUAGUAUGCGUGUGAAAGUAAAGGCAAUGGACUGUGUUGUUGAAACUUUUUUUUGUUGUGCUUCAUGAAAGUAUCUAUUUUCGUAAUUUGGUUUGUUCUAGCAAUAUGUUUUUUUUUUUUUUUGAAACAGAAUCUCCAUUGCAAUAAACAAGCCAAAUAUUUUAAUUUUUUGUAAUAAGGCAAACAAGCCAAAUAAAUUUAUUUAUUUUUAAUAAGGCAAACACGCUAAAUAUUUUUAUUUAUUUUUAAUAAGACAAACAAGCGAAAUAAAACACAAACACUUAAAAAAAAAAAAAAAAAAAAAAAAAAAAAAAAAAAAAAAAAAAACCUUACUUGUACACUAUCUAGUGUACAAAACACACAUACUAAUAAAUCAAGGAUCCAAACAAAAGACAUCUGAAACACACUUCUUCAAAUUUGUCCUUGUCGUGACCAAAAAUGUUUAAUUCUCGAAAAAAAAAAUUAAAAAUACAUGUAUCAUUUUUUUUUCUCUCUCUUUUUUUCUUUUUCUUUUUUUCGUUUUUGGUCCUUUUUUGACUAGAUAUUUUAGAUUUUUGAUUCUUUUUAAUUAAGUUUUUGGUUGAAGAUGAUGUUACACGGCGUUCAGAACCAGCCUUGAAGUGAAUGAAUUAGAAAGAACGAAGAAGUAAGGAAAUGAGACGACUCUUUCUUGAACUAUAUCAUAAACAGAUCUCCCCCUCCACACCAAUCACGAGUUUUUCUCUAUUCCUCUCGUAUAUCGUCGUAACGCCCUUAAUGCUAGGUUUUGAAAAACAUUUUUCAUGUCAUUCCCAUUUAGGUUCGAUUCGGAUCCCUCCGUUGUUUCCUUUUCCUUUCGCACCUUUUCCUCAAAAUGAGAAAGAAGAUGGUACACUUGAAUUGUAUUAUUUAAUUUCUUAUUGCUUGCAAAAGAUCCUAUUUCUACAAUUGGUAGGUCACCGGGUUAUUCAAAUCAGUCGUGUUUUCUGUGGUUUUCCCAUGUUACAACUUCCGUACCAAUUCGGUCGAUUCGAAAUGGAUCGGUUAAACAUUCCAUUAGGGAGCCUGGUCUUGACUCUUCUGUGUGGUAUUCAUUCUCGUUCGGCUUUUGGAAUCACAUCCAGCAGUGGUUGGAACAGCUCGCAAAAUCCAACCACUUCACCUACUUCAUUGCCCCCAACCAUUUCUCGUACCUCUAUUGAAACAGAAUGGUUUCAUGUUCUUUCAUCGAUUGGUUAUUCCUCUCUGUUCGUAUCUCUUUUUCCAAUUUUGGUCUCGAUUAGUUCACAAGAUUGAAUGGCCAAUUAUCCUCCGGACCCUCGAUUCGAUUGUUUUCCAAGAAUAUUGAGCCGGGUAUUUAAGCCAUGUAUCUGGGAGGAACUGCAAAGGAGGGCUUGAGGCUUUUUUCCCUAUAUUUUGUCUU